GGGGCUGGAUGCGCAGCGGGGAGCGCCGGGCUCUCCCGGAAGUCUCCCUGGACGGAAGUGGAAACGGAAACCUUUUUAGGGAGUCCAAGGUACCGUCGCCGCGUGCGGAGCUUGUUACUGGUUACUUGGCCUCAUGGCGGUCCGAGCGUCGUUCGAGAACAACUGUGAGAUCGGCUGCUUUGCUAAGCUCACCAACACCUACUGUCUGGUGGCGAUCGGAGGCUCAGAGAACUUCUACAGUGUGUUCGAGGGCGAGCUCUCCGAUACCAUCCCCGUGGUCCACGCGUCUAUCGCCGGCUGCCGCAUCAUCGGGCGCAUGUGUGUGGGGAACAGGCACGGUCUCCUGGUACCCAACAAUACCACCGACCAGGAGCUGCAACACAUUCGCAACAGCCUGCCAGACACAGUGCAGAUUAGGCGGGUGGAGGAGCGGCUCUCAGCCUUGGGCAAUGUCACCACCUGCAAUGACUACGUGGCCUUGGUCCACCCAGACUUGGACAGGGAGACAGAAGAAAUUCUGGCAGAUGUGCUCAAGGUGGAAGUCUUCAGACAGACAGUGGCCGACCAGGUGCUAGUAGGAAGCUACUGUGUCUUCAGCAAUCAGGGAGGGCUGGUGCAUCCCAAGACUUCAAUUGAAGACCAGGAUGAGCUGUCCUCUCUUCUUCAAGUCCCCCUUGUGGCGGGGACUGUGAACCGAGGCAGUGAGGUGAUUGCCGCUGGGAUGGUGGUGAAUGACUGGUGUGCCUUCUGUGGCCUGGACACAACCAGCACAGAGCUGUCAGUGGUGGAGAGUGUCUUCAAGCUGAAUGAAGCCCAGCCUAGCACCAUUGCCACCAGCAUGCGGGAUUCCCUCAUUGACAGCCUCACCUGAGUCACCUUCCAAGUUGUUCCAUGGGCUCCUGGCUCUGGACUGUGGCCAACCUUCUCCACAUUCCGCCCAAUCUGUACCGGAUGCUGGCAAGGAGGUGGCAGAGAGCUCACUGGGACUGAGGGGCUGGGCACCCAACCCUUUUCCACCUGUGCUUAUCGCCUGGAUCUAUCAUUACUGCAAAAACCUGCUCUGUUGUGCUGGCUGGCAGGCCCUGUGGCUGCUGGCUGAGGGUUCUGCUGUCCUGUGCCACCCCAUUAAAGUGCAGUUCCCUCCGG